AUGCUGGCAAGGGAAACAGCUUACUGGUUGGCCGAUGCUUGUCCGACAUUCUUUGCACUAUCGCUCGUCGUUGCUGCAUUACAUUUCAGCUUAGCACGUUUUGGAGGUGCGAUAGGACUACCUAACAGAGCCAUUAGAUACGGCGAGGAAUAUCUGGCAUGCUUUGAAUUCCAGAAAUUUUCCCUACCCGUUAGGUAUGGUGCUUUUGCAUUCUUUGCUUCAAUUUGCGUCCUUAACUUUUGCGUUCUCGAUACCACUGGACGUAAUUUGGAACAGAUCAAUCGUUUAUUCGACAAUCCAGCUUUCUCUUUAUGGCGUUAUGCUUACAUUACCGAAGAAGAAGAAGAAGAAGAAGAAGAAGAAGAAGAAAAUGCUGAAGCAAUUGCCUCUAUGCCAGAAUUCAAAAGCGAUAACGAUCAUCGUGUUAUGGAAGCCGGUCAUCAUAGCCCUGAUUCUGUAACUGAUAAAGAAGGUUAG